AUGAGCGGUUUCGGUCGCUGCAGGCAUUUCAGCAGCAGCAGCAGCAGCAGCAGCAGCAGGCCUGCCGCAGCGCCAUUUCAGCUGCAGCAACAACGCCAGCAGCAGCAGCAGCAGCAGCUGCUGCUGCUGCUGCUGCUGCUGCUGCAGCAACACCACCAGGGUUCCGAAUUCCCCUGCGUCGGUCGCUUGCUGCACCGGCUGACCAUAGCAGCAGCAGCAGCAGCAGCAGCAGCAGCAGUUGCAGCAGCAGCAGCAGCAGCGGCAGCAGCCGGAGGAAGUGCAGACGAAUGGACAUAUGCCGCAACAGCAAACCCCAAAAACCCUCGCCGCUGCAGCAGCCCGUCUCCCCUGAAACCCUUGCAGGGAUACCCUGGAUGUCUGCUGGUCGGCUCUGCCGGGUGA